GUCAAAAUUCAAAUGUCAUUUUCACCAAUCGCAGCACCCGCCGCGUCUUCAUUGCCAUCACUGACGGAUCUCUCGCCCCCUCAGCAUCAUGGAAGCGUCCCCUUCGGAGGCCGCAACGGUGACCCCGCGAUCCCGCCCACGGCCACACAGCAGUAAAUCGAGCAAGAAGAUCACGCGCGACACGAAGCCGCAAUCCGCAUCCUCACAGCGCAAGCAGAAGCCGCAAAAUGUGCCGCCAAAGCCACCACCCACGUCUUCGCCCAUUGACGCGCCUUCUGACGCUUCUAUUGGCGAUUACCAAGACACUCCGUGGUUCAAGGCUGGAAAGGGCGACCUGGCCUUUUCUCAUUGGCUUCUAGGCCGCUGUAAUGGCGUGGGGGACGCCACAACGCCGCAGUCGGAGGUCGCUACACAGCGCAUGUUCGCGUUGUUUAAAACACAGCGAAGAUUGCGCCGGGAGCUGGCGCUGGGUUCCAAAAGAGAAAUAGCAAGUGCAGAGGAGGAAGAAGAAGAAGAAGAGACCGAAGAGGAUCAGGUAGUUGAUGCCGAGAAGCCUCUUUGGCCCGUAGAGGAGAUCGUGGACCAAGUGGGCGACGUGCUUCGACCUUCGAGACUGGAACUUCUGAGGCAGCAGAGAGAGGCUGAAAGGACCAGCACCAAAAUGGAAGGGGCCAUGGAGAGGAUCGUGGUGGCUGAAGUGGUGGAUAACGCUACCGAGUUGAUUCUAAGCAGAGCUACAAGCGAACAUGAGACGUUAUUGAGACGAUGGGUGCAGAUACUGAAGGAGGAGGAACCAGAGAAAACCGAGGAGAGUAUACCAGAGAUCAGUCCUGAAGUGGAAGGAGAGAACGACGAAGUUACUUCUCAGAAGAGCAAGAAGCGCGAGAAGAAGGAGAAGAAGCUACGCUCAAAGAAGAAUAAAUCCAAGGUGGCUGAAGACACGGCAUGUGAACAGGUGGAGUCGUUCUUGACGUUCUUAAAGGAGUCAGCGGCAACCCAGGCGCACAUUGACGUUUGUGUGUCAGCUGCACCUUCAGAGGCCGAGAAACUGUGGAUGUCAGAGCUGCAGCGAAUUGUGGAGCUGUCGAGUAUUGAACCAGAGGAAGAAGCGCGUCGUCUACGUGUCGCUAGCGACAUCCAGACUGUGCUUCGCCGCGAGGUGAGCAAGUGGCGACACUGUGAGGUUAUUCUAUUCGGUAGUUCGAUGACGCACUACGGCUCUCGUACCUCAGAUCUGGACAUGUGUCUCCUCCCCAAUGGCCGCAGCAUUGGGAAGGAUUUAACUCCACCGAAAGAAGUGAUGGGAAAGCGGCAACUGCAUCAAUUGAUCGAUGGGAAAGUUAGCGAGAACGGACAUGUAUCGACGACAGAAGUCGAACAAUUGCAGGAUCUUCACGCACAGACUCAAAAGAGCAUCGAGAAACUCACGCUGGCGCUCAAUUCGUUGGAUCGAUCCGGCAAAAAGGGCGAGAAACAUACCAAACAGCGCCGACAGCUCGAGUUCUUCUAUACCCAGCUGCGUCUGCUUCGCAACGCUGUUACGAACGACCUGGCAAAGCUUGGAGUCGAACCUCGCAAUGAUUCCAAUGCGAAUGGGAGGCCUGCACACUUGAAGGCGAUCAUCGCUGGUAGCAGACGUCAGAGCAAAGACCUGUACCUUGUUCGAGCCAUUUUAGAGCGUGCGGCUAAGUGCGAGGUGCGUCACGUCAUUGCUGGCGCUCGUGUUCCCAUCAUUCGCUUCAUGCAUACGCGCAGCGGUCGUGACUAUGAGUGCGACUUGUGUUUUGAGAAUGUGUUGGCUACACGUAACACGCCUCUGUUACGCGCCUAUGCGUCGUUCGAUGACCGUGCACGGACUCUGGGCCUCGCAGUGAAGCACUGGGCUAAGCAACGAGGCAUCAGCGACGCCUCGAUGGGAUUCCUCAGCUCGUAUUCGUUCGUGCUGCUCAGUAUCUUUUACCUCCAAGUGGUGCGUGUUCUCCCUAACUUACAGGACCCUCGGCUCCUAGAGUCCGCGCAGAUCCAGCCACAGUACUACAAUGACAUCAACAUCGCGUUCUGCGAGGAUCAAGACGUCGCUCAAGCCUUCCACAAGCGCCUAUUGAACGGCAACGCAUCGGAUAUGUCAUUGACGGCUCUGUUGGUUGGCUUCUUUGAGUUUUAUGCCACACAGUUCGACUUUGCGGAGCGUGUCGUGACUGUCCGCUCGCCAGAGACGCCGGCGCUGAAGCUCGCGCAAUGGGGCAGUCGCAAGGCCAAGACGUGGCGCAUGAGCAUCCAGGACCCACUGGAGACUGGCCGUGAUCUAGGCUGUGUGCUGCAGUUCAAGGGACAAGAGAGAAUAAUUCGCGAGCUCCAUCGGGCACAUGACAUGUUAGCGCGUGGUGAGAGCUUCUCUGAGGUUUGCGCAGUCGAGAAACCUGUUGGAAAAGCAGGGAAGGUGAAGAAUGCUAAGCAAACGACGGGGGAUGAAUCGCGAGCAAACGCGGAGCAGAAGCAGCAAGCUGACAAGAUAAAGCGUUCGUACGUGAUGACACUGCAGAGUGCUGAUGAAGAGCUGACGAGGGAGAUUAUCGAGACGUUCUUUAAGGAUUUCCAGAAGUCUUUUCGUGUUGGUAAAGUGGUGGAAGCUGCAACUCCUGACUCUGACGACGUCGUUGAUAACGAGAACAAGUGGUGGGAGGUGGAACUGUUGACGCAGGCUCAAAACUGUCCUCGUAAGUUGUCGCGACGAACGCGACUCGACUGGAAGGCGGCCGAUGGGCGUGUGGGUCGCGUGUGGGUUCAUCAUCAGGCUUUAUUCGCGACACCGCCAUGCCAGAAGUGUCUGUCCCCAGAGCAUACGACGGGUAAGUGUACACCAGACGACCUUAACGACGAGGAGGCUGGCGAUAGAGAUGAGCUUCAUAUACCGCAGAGAAAUAUUCGACGCCACGUACUCCGUCUGACAUUAGCUGGAGACUCUUGCACCCCCGGUAAGAAGAGCGACCGACGUAAAAAGAACCAACAACAUGGAGCAGCACGAGAAAGCAACCAUACUGACCAACCCAAAGGCAGCAAUGGCAAACGUAAAAACAGCGGCAAAAAGGAGCUUCAUGGUGAAAAGAAAAGUGAAACAACGGUGGUGACUGCUGUGCGUCGGGUGGAGGUUGUAAAGUCAUCUUCGUCACGCAUUGAGGGGGACUCUAACAAGACCCAAAAGAAGAAAAAGUGGCAACAAAGAGUUCAUCGCUAGAGGGGCAACUCAAAGGGAGACAGCAACAAUGCUACAGCCAAGUAAGGCCAACCAGGUAAGUGUAGACAUGGUAGUCGAUCGUCGUGUUGAAAUGUUGAUUGAUACGUGUAUGAACAACGAGAAGUAAAUGUACUUCACUCACCUAUCGGAACUCAUAUAGUUAUCAGCGAUGCCUACUCUUUCAGACAACAACAUCCAAGAAACUUUCCCCACUAAACAGAAACUCAUAUGCUCUGUGUAACUCUUCAGUGAGUUUUUGUUGAGCAUCAAAAUGGAGCA